AUGAAAUCUAAUCAUUAUAUUCCCACCAGAUAUGAAGCAUUACAUGAUCGUCGAAGACACCAUUCCAUCGCAAUUAUUAUAGCCUUUUAUUAUUUUGUUCAACCACACAUGCCUACCUACAAUGUUGAAAAUCUUGAUGUAAAAUCUUUUGAUCUACAAAUAAACAAUAACCUACACACCAACAUUAAUGUUGUCAUGAAAGCAGUGAAUCCAAAUGCAGACAUUGGUUUGGAUUAUUUAGAAAAUGAAGUUAGUAUAACAUAUUCAGGGACCGUAAUUUCGGUGGGGCAAUUUCAACCUUUCUUGCAAAAAGGGAAGGAAACAACAAUUUUUAAUAUGACAUUGAAGGGAGAUAGUGAUUUUGAUCCUAUAAUGCAAAAUAAACUAUUGCUAGAUCAAAAUUUAGGACAUAUUCCUUUGUUAAUUAUGGUGAAGGUUCCUGUUAGGAUUCUGAUUGAUGACUUACUUCAUCUUAGGAAAUUUGUUGUUCAUGUAAAUUGUUCAUUGGUUAUUGAUCAGUUGAAACAGAACAAAAAGCCUAACAUUUUGAAGAAAGACUUCACUUAUGAUAUACAUAUGUGA